GCUGGUUUCACUCGCUUACGUAUUUUUAUUUUUAUUUUUAUUUAUUUAUUUAUUUUUUAUAAGCUUAUUUUAUUUAUUCAAAAAUAAUAAUAAUAGAAGAAUGGAAUCACUAUCUAACAUACCAUGUUCUGCAUUAACUGAUGCUUUAACAGCUUUAGCUACAAACACUCAACCAGGGAAAAGAAAUUCAACUGUAAAAACUAUUCCUCGUGCACAGCAUACUUCCUAUCUAACUGACACUGCAGAUGCUGUCAGAGAAGUAGCUAGAAAAAUGGGCAAAACACGAUUAAAAUGGGAUAAUCCCAAGAGUGUCAUGAUCAUCACAAAGCCUGGUGAUUGUUCACUCAUCAAAAUGACCCGUGAUAUGGCUUUGUAUUUAAUUGAAAUGCCUCGUGAAGAUAAUUGUGGCAUCACUUGUUUCGUGGAUGAAAAGUUGAAAAAUUCAAAACGAUUUAAAUACGAUAAAAUUAUUAAAAAUCAUCCAAAAGCUCAAGAUAAACUUAAAUUUUGGACACCUGAGUUAUGUGCUUUACAACCAAAAUCCUUUGAUUUCAUCAUUACACUUGGUGGCGAUGGUACUGUCUUAUUCUCUUCUUGGUUAUUUCAAAAUUAUAUUCCUCCUGUUAUUCCCUUUCACUUAGGUUCACUUGGAUUUUUAACUCCAUUCGAUUUUGAUCGCUAUAAACUUCAUUUACACAACGCUAUUGAUCGUGGUGUUCGAAUUAAUUUGAGAGGUCGUUUGACUUGUACAGUGUAUCGUCGAGUUCUUCAUUCAGAUUGUAAAUCACCUGAGGAAGCGAAAUCAAUUCCAUUACGUAACGUUGUGCGAGAUCCUGUAACAGGUAAAAUUUCUAUUGGGGGCUGGUGUCAAGAAAUUAAAAAGCAUCGUCAAAAGAAGAAGAAAUUUGGUGAAGUAGAUGGUGACGAUAUUGAUGAAGAAGAAGAAAGAUGGUUAGCAUCUCAAGAUUUAUCUAAUCAACAGCAGCAGCCUGAUGCUAUCUUGAUUGGUGAACAUCGUCAAGUACCUUGUUAUACUACAAUUCCAGUUGAAAAAUAUCAUGUCAUUAAUGAUUUAGUUGUUGAUCGUGGGCCCAGUCCUUAUGUGAGUCUAUUAGAAUUAUUUGGCGAUGAUAAGCAUUUAACAACAGUGCAAGCGGAUGGAUUAGCUAUUUCUACUCCUACUGGCAGUACUGCCUAUUCUCUUUCAGCAGGUGGUUCGCUUACUCAUCCAGAUAUUCAAGCUAUAUUAAUUACACCUAUUUGUCCUCAUACACUUUCUUUUCGUCCUACUCUUGUACCUGAUUCAAUGGAAUUGCGUAUAUGUGUACCUUUUAAUUCUCGAAAUACAGCUUGGGCAAGUUUUGAUGGUCGUGGAAGAAUUGAAUUAAAACAAGGAGAUCAUAUUAAAGUAACAGCUUCGAGAUAUCCAUUCCCAACCGUUUGUAAAGAGGAUCAAGCAACGGAUUGGUUUAAUUCACUUCAAAAUUGUCUUCAUUGGAAUAAACGUGAAAGACAAAAAUCGUUUGCUGUUGUUGAAUCGCAUGCUGCUCGUAACCAAAGUAAAACAUCCUUUUCUUCUACAGCCAGUCGAAACAGUAGUUUUACACAACUAUCACAAUCACCUAAAACAACAACAACGACGAAUACCUUCCCUCUACCGGUACGUAGUGAUACUCAGUCACCUCCUUAUAACACUACUACUCAGUCAACACAGCGUAAGUCCUCUGCUACUUCUUCUGUAGUCUCUUCUUCCUCCGAUCAUGAUCAAAUCUUUGGUUACUUUGAAGAUGAUGAUGAUUCAAAUAGUUGUGAUCAUUACCAUACUGGAAUAGGUAAUAAUGGUCGUCGUCGAAGCAGUGUUCAUCAUUAUCAUCAUCCACCCGAAACUUCCUCUUCCUCUAGUAGCAUUAGUUUUGAAUCUACUGAUGAAUUUGAAAGUGAUGAUGAAAGUGAUUUCUAUGAGGAUGGGUUUAAAGGUUGGACAGAUGAAGAGAUUGUCAAGUCAAGAUAUAUGGCUAAUAUUACAAAAGAGCUUGAAAAAGUGUCUAUAAAAUAUACGAACAAGUUUGAAAUUCCUGAAUGAAUUGGUUUUAUAUAUUCCAAUAUUAUAUAACUCUUGUAAAUAGGACUACCACUACUACACACAUCAUGUAAAAUAAAGAUACACACAUAUAUAUAUAAACACACAACUCUAGCGGCAUGAAAA